AUGACAUUGGAUCUGCCUUCGGAAUCCCGCGAUCAGCCGCCACCUACGGACAGCAGGGACCGAUCAAUCACCAUCCGAGAUCAAAUGGAAGGAGAUGGUCGGAUUCACAAUUCCCUCGCCUUUGCGUUACGAGGAAGUAUAGCUACUUUAACAGCCAGGGUUGCAGAACUCCAUCGAGCUGUGCAAGAGCUGCAGAUCAAAGUCGACAAGUCGCGCGAAAAGCCGGAAUGUUCGGAGAAGGAAUUCGUCGGGGACCAAUUUCGUAGUCAAUUGCUUCCCGUAAUACAAGAAACGAUGACUUCCGUUGUCAAUCAGCUCAAGGAUAUCAAGCAACAAUUACCGGCAACGAUCGGGACUCAGUUACAGACAUCUCUGGUCACCGUAAAGCAAGAUUUGCAGCGCUUGUCGAGCGAUAACAAGCAAGGGCAGAGUCUCGGUGAUGGGUUGAAGAACUUGCAACCGAUGAUGACCCAUCUCCUAACGCUCCUCACCCCUAUAAGUCAAAUCCCUACGACAUUCACCAAUUUCCAACAGUCCGUCUACUCCUGCCUGGACAAACAAUCCCAAUCGAUCACUAGACAAGACAAGACCGCCGGACAACUUCAACAGGAUGCCAAGCGUAUUAUUGACGCCACAGGCCAGAUCAUCUCUGCCGACGAUAGAAACUCGGCUCAGGUCGUACGGGCGAUUGGACAGGCGUUGAACGGCCAGACUGCGGAGAUCGUCCGGCAGGUCGAAAAUCGGUUCUCGACUAUCCUGGAUGAGAAACUCGGCGAGAUCGAAUCAAGGCUGAAGGAACACGUUGAUAUCAAGUUUGCCGAUCUGGAAAGGACUCUGAUAGAAGCACUACAGGCGAAAGCCGUCCACGAUGACACACAGCACCCUCCCGCUCCAACACACAUCAACACCGCCGGAGCUCUCACUAGGGCGAUCAGCCAUGACGAUCCCGCGGAAAAUCCGAUCGGACCCAGUACAACUACCACUCUGAAACGCCAGUUGUCGGUCUCUUCAAUCACUGCAAGCGAGCCGGAUUGCGAUCAGGAUCCCGUCCACAACGAAUCCGAAGGUAGUGCCGGUCGAUUGUUACACAAGCCGGACGUUCAGGAAAAUAGCCCGGCCGAAUUCAAAAUCCCCUCUGAAGACGAGACAUACAAAUCCGGUUCACUUGAUGCAGUUGGGGGAAAGGCCAAGGAGACUCCUACAUCUUGGAGCUCCAACAGAGACAGGAGGAAGCGUCGACGUAUGACCGUCAGUCCAGAGUUGAGCGACCUGCCGCUCCCGGAUGUAUAG